CUUUUCUUCUGGGAAAUUCCCAAGGGCAGACGCGUCACGAGCCAUAUUCUCGAAUAAUACCAUGCAUCUCACUCGGGCUAGUCGCUGUGCGGUGUUGGCAAUGCUGCGCGCGGGACGGGUCCAGCCGGCACUUCCCGCAUGCGCCAUGCUGGGCGGCCAGAAGCGGUUUGCGGGACACAGCAAAUGGUCAAAGAUCAAGCACUCAAAGGGCGCGGCGGAUGUCAAAAAGGGCACCCUGUUUGCGAAUCUGUCCAAGGAUAUCACUGCCGCGGCAAAAGAGGGCGGCUCCGACCCGGCGUUUAACCUGCGCUUGGCAGCAACGAUGAAGCACGCCAAAAACGUCGACAUGCCAAAGGACACGAUCGAGCGCGCAAUCAAGCGGGCCACGUCCAAGGAGUACUCAUCCGCCGAGGCCAUCGUGUACGAGGGACUCGGGCCGCACGGCACUGCGCUGGUUAUUGAGUGCCUCACGGACAACAAGAAUCGGACCGUCAAGGCGAUCAGAAACAAGUUCAAUAAGAAUGGCGGAGCCAUGGCGCCCGUCAGCUACAUGUUCGACAGGAAGGGGCUGAUCUGGUUCUCGAAUGGCGAGGCAGAGGAUUCGCUGGACGAGAUGUUUGACAAGGCUAUCGAGGCCGGUGCAGAGGAUAUCGAGGACCUCGGCGAUGGCAAGGUCGAGGUUGUUUGCGAGUUCAGCGAGCUGCAGACGGUAUCUAAGGCGCUGACAGGCGACCACAAGUACGCAGUGGAGCGCAUGGAGGGCACGUACAUCCCAAACACAACGGUCGAUCUCAGCGAGGAGCAGACAGCGGAGGUUGAAUCGGCCAUCGAGGAUCUCGAGAGCUUAGACGAUGUAAUCAAGGUUCACUGCAACGCUUCAUAGGAUUAACAGUUUAUUUACAAGCACAUGCAGAAACAGCUACAGAAGCACUGGGCCGCGUCGCCAACUUUACCUAAACUCAAACAGCAUGGUUCAUCUCCAGAGCAGCCAGUCCUCGUAAGGCCGGCGCUGCAGAACAGGUCUAUUGUGAUCAUCACUAUCAAGCAAACAGCACAGGGCAGGAACUACGUGGAGAUGCAUACCUCUUACCAAGUAGAUGAUUAUUUAUA